AUGCAGCAGACCUGUCAGCUCCCGCCCGGCCUCGACACCCUCCCCUCGGAGCUCAUCCUCGCCAUCCUCGCGCACCUCCCGCCGCCGCACAUCUCGCUCGGCAACGGCUCAGCCCCUUCGCAGCGCAACCCGCUCUUCGCCGUGCAGCGCACCUCGAAGCGCCUCGGCGCCGUCUGCGCGCCGAUCCUGUGGGACCGCCUCGAGAUGGACAUUGGGCCGGGCGCGCGCGGCGAGACGAGCAGGGUCGUGGCGCAGCUGCGGGCGUACCGCGAGCGGGCGCUCGGGUGCCGCAAGUUGCGGCUCGAGUCGUUCGACUGGGCCUUCUUGCUGCCGUGUGUCGCCGAGGGGGAACGGCUCUUGCCCGACGUCGAGGACGUCGAGCUGUACCAGACGAUGCCCAUGUCGCUCGACGUCGUCGCGCGCUUUCGCAAACAGCGCAGUCUCGCCGUCGACUACUCCGAGCUCCGUCCCUCGCCGACCCACGUCACGUUCGCCCACCUCGCGCGCAUGAGCCUCGCCGACGUGUUGAUCCGCCUCGUCCCCUUCCAGUCCUCCUCCUUCUUUGACACCUCGACCCUCCCCUCUCUGCGCCAGCUCCGCCUCGGCUUCAUCUACGUCGAGCGUCCCUCUCGGAGCGGCGACGACGGCGACGCGCCCGUCUUCUCGCCGAGCCUCGUCGAGCAGCUCGACCAGGUCCACCUCGAGCUCUCGCACGCGUCGAGCCUGUGCGCCGACGUCCUCCCCCUCGAGGCGCUCACGCCCGACGCGCCCGUCCUGUGGCACGCCGCGCUUGCACCGGGCCGGGCGACGACUCGUCCCGCCGCACGUCGGCCGCCGCCGGGCGUCCACCUCGCCUUCCUGUGCGUGACCCUGCCGCGCCUCUCGACGUUCGAGGAGGACGACGCCGAGUUCGACCCCGUCGCGUCCCUGCGCGCCCUCGUCGCCGCACACCCGUACCUCCGCCUCGCCCUCGUCCCCCUCUCGCUGUGGCAGCUCGAGCACGGCGCCGGCGACGGGCCGGGCUCAGAGCUGGCGCCGCUCGUCGCCGAGUGCGCCGCGCGCGGGCUCGCCCUGAGGCCGUACGAUCCGCAGCGGGAGCGCGAGGGGUUCGUGCCGAGGGAGGCGGUGCAGUUCUGGCGCGAGGAGAAGGAGCAGGAGGAGGUUGGGAGGAUGUAG